UUUGCUCGUGUCCGUGUUUGCGUGCGCGCGGAUCUCAGGUAUCGUAUCUUCCACGAAUUUACGCACACAGAUGGCACCGAUGCAGAAAGUUUAUUCUAGCGUGUUCAAAUGAACCGAGGCGGAAUACGAAAGAAAUUUGUUCCUUUUUAGUUUAUUCUGAUACCAAAUAAGGGUUUUGUUUUGUUUUUAAAUGGCUUCAUAACCCGUCGUUUAAAUGAGCAAUACAAUGAAAGACAUACACCUGCCACCCGAUUCAUGUAUCAAUGGUUCAGUAAUAAGGAUCUUCUGUCCCACGUUUGCUUCUGUUUGUGUGUUUGACUCGGGUGUUGGCAACACGUCUUUUAGUCUUGACAACUCCAAUAAAAACUCUACAGUCAACACAGCGGUUCUCACCAUUGACAAAUGGAACAACUUCAAUUUCUGGAUGGGCUUGACACUGGCCGUGCUCUCAGCUUUCCUCAUAGGUGGAAGCAUUAUCCUAAAAAAGAAAGCAUUGCUGCGUUUGGCCGGUACUGGGGAGACGAGGGCAGCUGAAGGAGGUCAUGGGUACCUGAAGGACUGGAUGUGGUGGGGAGGCCUUUUGACCAUGGGUGGAGGUGAAGCAGCAAACUUCACAGCGUACAUGUUUGCUCCAGCCACAGUGGUGACCCCUUUAGGAGCUCUCAGUGUUCUUAUCAGUGCAGUGCUGUCCUCCCACUUCUUCGCAGAAACCAUGAAUCUGCUCGGAAAACUGGGUUGCUUGCUCAGCAUACUGGGAAGCACUAUAAUGGUUAUACAUGCACCCGAAGAAGAAGAAGUGACGACUCUUACAGAAAUGACAGAGAAACUGCUAGAUCCUGGUUUUCUGGUGUUUGCCAGCAUCCUGCUGGUCACCUGUGUGAUCCUAAUCUUCUACGUCUCUCCUCGCUUCGGGCAAUCCAACAUAUUAGUCUACAUCAGCAUCUGCUCUCUGCUCGGAGCGUUUACCGUGUCCUCGGUCAAGGGCCUCGGCAUUGCGAUCCGCACCAUGUUCUCCGACCUUUCGGUGGUCCGUCACCCUCUCACCUGGAUUCUUUUCCUGACUUUAAUCGUAUCCAUCAUCAUCCAGAUCAACUAUCUCAAUAAGUCGCUUGACACUUUCAAUACGCUCUUGGUGUAUCCCAUCUACUACGUCUUCUUCACCACCGUGGUCCUGAGCACCUCUGUGAUUCUGUUUAAAGAGUGGGGAGCCAUGUCCGGUGUGGAUGUGGUGGGCACCAUCGGGGGUUUCUUGGUGAUCGUGGUCGGGGUGAGCAUGCUGCACCUCUUCAAAGACUUGAACAUAUGUCUUGAAGAUUUGAGGAGCAAUCUCUGUCAGCCGAGCCCGUCGAAGAGGGAGGACAAGCACAUCCUCAUAGAGAACAUAGACAUCCUGCCGCCCAUGAGAGAGGAAGGGCCCAGAGUCUUCAUCAUCAGCUGAGAUUGUAAAUGCAUUGAACAAAUCCUCACUGUUUUAAUCGUUCAUGUCCUCUGCUGAAGGCUGUUAUACAAUGACACAGUAGUUUGGAUCUGCUGCUGCCGAGUACAGUGAUGACGCACGAAUUUGGAAACAUUUAAAGAUUGAAACAGAACAUGAUGCAGAGCCACCACAUAAUUUACACAAUAUUUAAUAAUUUGAUCUUUUCGUCUUGGAUGCAUCUGUGUGGGUAUUCUUUCCAGAGAAAAAUCUUGAAAUUGACCUGCAGUGAAACCUAAAAUAUAUUUAUUGACAUAAAAAAAAAAAAAAGCAUCACAAGAUUUUAUUGUAGUUUGGCUUAAAAGAAGGUGUAAAGUUCAAAACAUUUUAACUAUUAUUGAAUGUUUUGGCUAAUUUGAUAAUACUUUUUUGCUUCUACUAUAAAGCAGUAUCACAUUCAGCGCCUGAUUUUCCAUAUUAUAUUUAUUCAGAUUUGAAAACAGACAUCCUCUGCAUUGUGGGUUCUUUGAGACUGUGUUGCCAGUGUGUGCAGUAUAUCGGAUAGCUCCAAAAAAUCAGGAGGGACAAGUUGAGAAGACUGUAUUUACCUUUUAGAUCAUUGACCUGAAGAGCACUCACUGGGUCAGGUGACUCUGUCAACAGAACUGGAGCCUGUGUGACUGUUGGUGUUGGUUUGAACUGAAAAGAUCAAAGUCUUUUAGAUAAUUAUUUUAAAAGUUUUUAUUUUUAAAAACCUUUACACAUAGUAAUCACUGUUUUAAUGAAUCGUUACAAUGACAUUUUUCUGAGAAGCCCUAGUCAAAUGCAUUAAAAUCUAUUUGCAUA